AACAAGUUUUGACACGAAUUGAGUGACGCUUUGUUUUGUUUGUUCACUACUUUUUGUUGACCACAACAACAGUCAGUGCACAACACAAUCGCGGUAACAGUUUUUGUGGCCAAUUAUAUCCGCGGCAAACAAGUGACCAAAAAAAAAACAAACAAAUAAUAACAUCACAUACUCUUAACGAUGUGGUGGACGACGACGACAUUGCAGACCAACAACAGAUAUAGCGACCAUUUCUUAGCACUUGUUUUUGUUAUCUAUUUAGUUGUCGGACAACUGACCGCAGCCGAGAAUCAAUGGAAAGAGACGACCGGAUGUCCCGAAGCAUUCAAAGGUCGGUGUCAGUGCGGUCUGCGUCCGUAUGGUCCGACCGGACGCAUGUCAUACGUGACCAACUGUACGAACACCAACUUCACGACCACAGACAUACUGACACAGAUGUCGCCGCAAACCGAAGUACUGAUAUUCACUGGCAAUAGAUUACAGAGUUUGCCGCAGAACCUGAUCGGUCAGGACGUGACAUACGAGAAGUUACAUACCAUCGACUUAUCUAAUAAUAGCAUCCAAUUUAUUCGCGGCAAAAGUUUUCACAACGUAAAGACUGUACGAGUAUUGAACCUCAACGACAAUGAGAUUAUCAUCGAUGAGGACAACUUUCAUCCGCGAAUGUUCUCCAACUUUCUUAGUCUCGAAGAACUCCAUCUUCGCAAUGCUUUUGACAACUCUGUCCACGAUCUGGACUUUCUGGACCACCUGUGGAUCACUUUUAACGAGAGCCAACUGAACACAUUGAAAGUGUUAGACUUGAAUGAGAAUCACAUCCGUAUGUCGUUUCCCAGUCCAGACAUGUUCUGUGCUCUACCAGCCCUACAGCGGCUACAUUUGGCCAACAAUUAUCUGACAGACUUUACACUUAACUUGACUUGUCUUAAGGAUCUAAACUCUGUCGAUGUCAGCUAUAACUUCAUUACCAAACUGACCAAUCGGUCUAUUGCUCUCAUUGAGACCGGUCCGGCCAACUAUCAUAUAAACGUGUCAAUGAACUCAUUUCGCUGUGACUGCGAGCUAAUUGAUUUCUUUUUGUGGUCGAAAAUGCCCGAUAAAGACAUCCGAUUAGACUCUGCUGAGAAAUAUCGGUGCGUUUACGGACACCCGAUGGACAACGCGGGCCGUUAUUUCGAUGAUCUCAGUGUUAUGGACUUAGAAUGCUUUAAUUCUGUUAAAAACGAUGACUUCCGCGACUAUAUAUCUUUUUCGUAUACAAUUCUCACAGUUUUGGUCAUCAUAUUGGCAGCACUGUUGACAGCACUGGUAUACAUAAAUAGAGACUUCCUGUCCCAUAGUUGGACAUAUCUGAGGACUGGUGUGAUAGCCAAACGUGAAUAUACAGCACUAGAAAAAGAGUCCAAACGUCAUAAUCAUCUGAAUCAAGAAGUGGCUGAAGUCGAGGUCUGA